GCCAGGGCGGCGGAUUCGAACGUCGGAGGGCGGUUGAGCGGGAGCCGUUGGGCCCGUUCUCGGCGGCAGCGGCUUCAGCGGGAGGAGGAGGAGGAGGAGGAGGAGGAAGAGGAUGAAGCGCACUGCGCCCCGCGGCACUUUGCGGAAAAUAAUAAAGAAGCACAAGCCUCAGUUACGCCUGGCGGCUAACACCGACCUGCUGGUGCAUUUGAACUUCUUACUGUUUCUCCAUCGGCUAGCAGAAGCAGCCAGGACAAAUGCUUUUGAGAACAAAAGUAAAAUAAUUAAACCUGAGCACACUAUAGCUGCAGCAAAGGUUAUUUUAAAGAAAAGCAGAGGCUAGAAAACAGACCACUGGAAUUUCAAAGCAUGUUUUUCUGUGUGUUCUUACUAACGUGAGAUCCUGUGAGCCAGCUUUUGCACUUGUGGAAGUAUUUAGUUUUAUUGAUGUCUAUCUCCUGAUUCUGAGUAUCUUGCCGUUUCUUUAAAAAUACAUUGUAAGAUUCUUAAAUUAUUUUUUUCAUACCCUUCAUGCAUAACUUUAAAAUGUGUGUCACUUGUCAUUUAAGACUUAGAUGUACCUUAUUUCUUCCAUAAUAAUGGAGGAAUGCCUAUACCAUAGUCACUCUUGAUGUAUGAUGUGUCAUUUAUUAUUAGGAGUAUGAAACUUUUAAAGGAGAACAGUAAUAACAAUGCAGGUUUCACUAAAUCCAUUAUAGAUUAUACAGUUCAAAGCAGAUUUACUAGCUAAACAAAAUCUUGGCUUUCAAAACAAUCGCUGUAGAAACUAGUGUAUUAAAUUUCUUGGCUUCAAUUUAUUUAUAAAUGUCUUAAUAUUUUUUAAAUUACUUUGAAAAGUAGGCUAAAACUUGUGUGUUCUGGGGAAAGAAUACAUAUUUUGUAUUUCUAAAUCAUGCUCUGAACUGUUAAGCUGGCCUAUUGUUUGAUAUGGUAUAUGAGACAAGUCGGUGGUCUCUAAUUCAGUUGGUGUGGACAGAUGCACAUUAUGGAAAAGAAAAGAUCUGGCACAGCUGAUGUUUUUGAAGUUAGAUCCUGUACAAAUAGUGAAGAUAAGUUGGCGUGAGUGCCAAGCUACCUCCUCCCACCUUUUGAGUGUCAUUCUAGCUUGUCAGAAGUCUGGAAAUGUACAUUUUAUGAAAAUAUCUAUUUAAUUUAAAAUCAUAUUCCAUUCCUAAUCUGAUAUUUUUAAAUGAUUGCUGAAUACUUUGCUUAAUAAAUCUUUUAAUAAAGAUAUAGUUGAAUCUCA